CAUUAGCUCAGCUCUCAGGCACUCUCAGUCACUGCUGGAAAGAGGAGCUGGGAGGAUGUGCGCGCUCUCCCCGCGGCUCCCCACGGCACAGCGACAGCGCCGGCAGCAAUAAGGGAAGGAAGGCGAGCCGAGAGCCGAGGAGCCCUCGCAGGCCGAGCAGAGGGACGGCGAGGGGCAGCGGAGCCGCUGGCCGCCCGUGCGGAGCCCCCGCGCCGCCUGGGAGAGCUGGGCCUUUUCUCCUGCCUUCUUCCUUCCACACAGCCAGCGUGCUGCCUCCUCCUGCCUUUUGCUUUCCUCCCCCGCGCCUUCCCUCGGUGGAUAUGGACAGAAGGGGGAUCACUGCAGAGAAGCAGCAGCCGCCAGAACAUAUUUGAGCCCCGGGUGCUCGGAGCGUGGCACAGACUUUUUGUGUUUCCGUGGGUGGUGUGUGUGUGUGUGUGUGUGUGUGUGUGUGUGAGUGAGUGUGUGUGUGUGUGUUGGAGGUGUGGGAGGAGGGAUUGGUUUGCCUGGGGGUUGGCUGAGGGGGUGAGUGCUCGGAUGAAGACCUCUUUUUGCCGUGAUUCUGUGCUCCAUCGGGGCAGCUUGGAGACUUGGAGGGUUUGAAAUUGUAACGCGAAGCAAGAGGAAAGAAAGAAGAGAGAGACACGCAUACAAAAGGAUUUAUUUCCUCUCCGUUAGUGGAUUGCUGAGUGAGAAGGAGGAAAAACACAAGGGUGGGUUGUUUUAUUUUGUUAAUAUUUUUUUUCCUUAAAAAAAUCCCUUAAGUGGAUUUGCACCAGGGUGGAAGAUAACUGGGGAUUUUUGCUGUUUGUUUUGGGAAUAGAAACUAAAAAAUGGAGACUGUAAGUAGAAGCAGCUUCCAGCCUCAUCCAGGACUGCAGAAGACCUUGGAACAGUUUCAUCUGAGCUCUAUGAGCUCCCUGGGUGGCCCUGCUGCUUUCUCAGCACGAUGGGCACAGGAGAUGUACAAGAAGGACAAUGGCAAAGACCCAGCGGAACCUGUACUGCAUCUGCCCCCGAUCCAGCCUCCUCCGGUCAUGCCUGGUCCCUUCUUCAUGCCCUCGGACAGAUCCACGGAGAGGUGCGAGACCAUCCUGGAAGGGGAAACCAUCUCCUGCUUCGUGGUGGGCGGAGAGAAGCGGCUUUGCUUGCCCCAGAUCCUGAACUCGGUGCUCAGGGACUUCUCCCUGCAGCAGAUUAAUUCGGUGUGCGAUGAGCUACAUAUUUACUGCUCCAGAUGCACUGCUGACCAGCUGGAAAUCCUCAAAGUCAUGGGCAUCCUGCCCUUCUCCGCUCCUUCCUGCGGGCUCAUCACGAAAACUGAUGCUGAGAGGCUUUGUAACGCCUUGCUUUAUGGUGGCACCUACCCUCCCCACUGCAAGAAGGAAUUCUCUAGCACGAUUGAGCUGGAGCUCACGGAGAAGAGCUUCAAGGUGUAUCAUGAGUGCUUUGGGAAGUGUAAGGGACUUCUGGUGCCAGAGCUUUACAGUAACCCCAGCGCAGCCUGCAUCCAGUGCUUGGACUGCAGGCUCAUGUACCCACCUCACAAAUUUGUGGUCCACUCUCACAAAUCGCUGGAAAACAGGACUUGCCACUGGGGCUUUGACUCUGCAAACUGGAGAUCCUAUAUCCUCCUCAGCCAGGAUUAUACUGGGAAAGAGGAGAAAGCUAGACUGGGCCAACUCUUAGAUGAAAUGAAAGAAAAAUUUGACUAUAACAACAAAUACAAGAGGAAAGCCCCCCGGGUCUCUUCAGAUCCUCCUGCUUCCAAAAAGCCCAAAAUAGAUGACUCUGCUUCCCAAUCUCCAGCUUCUACUGAGAAGGAAAAACAGUCCAGUUGGUUACGGUCCUUAUCCAGUUCAUCUAAUAAGAGCAUCGGCUGCGUCCACCCCCGGCAGCGCCUCUCCGCCUUCCGGCCCUGGUCCCCCGCGGUGUCUGCCAGCGAGAAGGAGCUCUCCAGCCACCUGCCCGCCCUGAUCCGGGACAGCUUUUACUCCUACAAGAGCUUUGAGAGCGCCGUGGCCCCCAACGUGGCCCUGGCCCCUCCCGCCCAGCAGAAGAUGGUGAGCAACCCCCCCUGUGCCACGGUGGUGUCCAGGAGCAGCGAGGCCCUGGGCUCUGGGCAGCCCAGGAAGAGGAAACACGGCCCAGAGCACACGGCUGUCCCCGAGGCCGCCGCCACCGCCGCCACCGCCGCCCCCGAGGAGGACAAGGAGUCAGAAGCAGAGAUUGAAGUAGAAACCAGGGAAGAAUUCACCUCCUCCUUAUCCUCGCUCUCCUCCCCAUCCUUCACCUCCUCCAGCUCUGCCAAGGACAUGAGCUCCCCUGGGAUGCAGCCCCCAGCCCCUGUCAACAGCUCCUACGAGGUGGCUGCACACCCUGACCCCCACAGCAGCGGGCUGGAGGCUGAGCUGGAGCACCUCAGGCAGGCCCUGGACAGUGGCCUGGACACAAAAGAAGCCAAAGAGAAGUUCCUGCACGAGGUGGUGAAGAUGAGGGUGAAGCAGGAGGAGAAGCUGAACGCGGCCCUGCAGGCCAAGCGCAGCCUGCACCAGGAGCUGGAGUUCCUGAGAGUGGCCAAGAAGGAGAAGCUGAGGGAAGCCACGGAGGCCAAGCGCAACCUGCGGAAGGAGAUCGAGCGCCUGCGAGCCGAGAACGAGAAGAAGAUGAAGGAGGCCAACGAGUCGCGCGUGCGGCUGAAGCGGGAGCUGGAGCAGGCGCGGCAGAUCCGCGUGUGCGACAAGGGCUGCGAGGCCGGCCGGCUCCGCGCCAAGUACUCGGCUCAGAUCGAGGACCUGCAGGUGAAGCUGCAGCACGCUGAGGCCGACCGCGAGCAGCUGCGCGCCGACCUCCUGCACGAGAGGGAGGCCCGGGAGCACCUGGAGAAGGUGGUCAAGGAACUUCAGGAACAACUGUGGCCUAAAGCCAGCAGCCAGCCCAGCAGUGAGAGCACCUCGAGCCCCAUGGAGAACUGACCCCUCAUCCCCCCGCACAGGGAGGGAGACAGUGGGACUGGGAGUGCACGUGUGAGUAGUGGUGUCCUGGCACACACUUUAGGAAUAUGGAUUCUCAGUAGUUGGAAGGCAAAUGUUGUUACUCUCUAGAACAGAAGCACUGAAUUCCGCCUCUUUUUUUUCCCAAUCCAUAUAGCACAACAUCUUACUGUGCCUAGAAAACACAAAGUGUUUGUAAACAAAAUACUUUUAAGUCCACAGCAAAUUUUCUACUGGCAAACUCUAAGCAAAGCAGUGUGGUCCAGCUGAACCCGGAGUCCAAGGUGAGCACGGCAGUGGCUUUGUGCUCUCCUGCCUGUUGGAACAUUUUGGAAUUUAAAAACAAACUGACUUUUCUUAUAAGCUAUUUAAAAUAAUUCAUUACACAGACUUGGUAUUAAAAAAAAAAAAUUAACAAGAUUUUUAUAAUGAACCUUUAAAUGCAAAACAAAAAAAAAAAAGACAAAAAAAUAAAAAACCUUCGAUGCACAAUUUUUAAUGACUUUAUAGGCUUUGGGAUUCUUUGUGCAGAAGCCCCUCUUGGUGAUGAUGCCAUCCAUGUCAGGAGCAGUUUUCCAGCCAUCUCAGAAGCCAUCGCGGUUCCAUCCCGUCACGUGGGUGUAGGAGAAGUUCAGAGUGCUUUUCCAAGUUGAUUUUUUUUCCUUAGAAUGAAUUAUGUCCAUUUCCUGCCCUGGACACAGGAAGAAGGGAAGCUGCAGGAGUGUGCAGGGGGUGAGGGGAGCAGGAGGGGCUGGGUUGAGAGCCCCAGCCCAGCCCCACAGACCCCCCUGUGUUCAGAGACUUCACCCAGGAGCACGCCAGCCUUGGGAAAAGAGAGAGAGAAAGGAAGAAAGGAAGGAAAUGGAUGAUCAGUUGGUAGAGGAACAAAGCAGAGACAUCUGUGUGUUGAAGUCAUUCUGAAAUCUUCAGCUUUCAGUUUUCUGGAAAACUCAUCUUGUUGCACCAUCUUACCAUGAAUUCAGUAUUUCCCUGCUUCCAUUCCGAACUGUCAGUCAGGAUUUCUGUGCCCAAGGAGAGUCCAACGUUGCAGUGUCGGAUACUACAGAACAGAAAACCAACAUUUUUGCUGCUGUGAAUAAGCCUACAUCUUUUUUUAAAAAACUUUUUUCUUUUUAAAAAGAGAAUUACUUUAAUUUUGGGAUCCAAGCCGCAGCCCCGGGAUACAAUGCAGCAAACCAUCACUGCCUUGGGGGUGGUGCUGAGGUUUUUUUUAUAUAUAUUUUUUUUUUAAACCUGCACUUUGUCAGAAUCUUACUCUGCAUUUUAUUCCCUGUUUCUAAGAUGUACAUGUCAAGCAUUUGAGAUUCUGCCCUAAGAGCUGUGCAAACCAUGAACCCAAAUGUGCCACCUCUGCCACCUCCCAUCAGCAUCCGUGUAAGCAAAGGAGGAUCCAGCAGGUCCAGAAUCCCUGAGCAGGAAUUCCCCCUGUGCUGCUGGUUCAGUUAGAACCUGCUUUUGUGGCUGUGUAUGACCCAAGCUGGGGAGCAGCAGAGAUGCUCCCAAAAGUGCUUAACAAAUAAAGCUGGUGCUUUACUGAUCAGGAGAAAAUUAAUUUUCACCCAUAAACACUCACCUCUGACACGCUCAAGCAAGUGAAAAUGUGAUCUGGGGCUGCAGAUGUGCCUUCCAGCUCAUUUUUCCUCUCAGCAUCUUUUCUAGGCAAUGCUGACACUUUUUUUUUUUACCUUAAAUAAUAAUAAUAAUUUUUAAAAAAAGGAAAAAAAAGAGAACCCCCUAUGCAUCAUCAUACCCAGAGUUAUUCUAAAAGAAGAAACAUAUUUCCAGUAAUCUUUAUUUGCUUUUGGACAUUAAUGCAAACUAUGUAAGCUUCAAAAUUAUUUCCCAGUAGACAGAAAGCGGCUUCCAAUCCUAAAAUUAUGGUAUUUACUUACAGUACAUUAGAGAUAUUUUUUUUUUUGAACAAGAGCUGUUUGCUUGAAACCAUUAUAGUAACCAUUAUAGUAACUGUGAGCAUUAACAAAGAAGUUCAUAUAUAUGUUUUAGGUACAAAAAAGAAGAAAUCUGAAAGGAGUGGAAUUACUGGGACAAUGUAAAACUGUUGGGAGCAAGAAGUCACACCAAGUCAAUGACCUGAACCUGUCUGUGGAUACAGGGGUUGGCCCUUGUGUGUUUGGGAUACUGGAGACUGGCUCUAGGUGCAGAUCUCCUUCUAAAGUGCAAUGCAAAAGGAAUUUUGAUUAUGCUUGAGCAGGUUUUGUUUUUGUUUUUUUUUUAAUGUGGGGUUUUAUUUUCUUUGUAUGUUUUUUUCUGCGAUUAUUAAAUCAUAUGCAUGGAUUAAACUCUGCCAUAUAGUCAUUAAUGGGCAUUAUUACUGUCUUAUGUAAAGGGGUUCUUUUGUUAUGCAGUAUGCAGAAAAAUGUUCUCAGCCUUAUGAUUUCCAGAUCUGUAUUAUCCACUUAUUUCUUCAAGGGAAACUAAACAACUGUAGCUGUAGCUGAUCAUUUUUGUGCAUUUCAAGUCUCUUGUGCUCUGCUUUACUGCCGUGUUGGGAACCACACAGAGAACAGACCCCGCUCCUGUGGCAGCUCAUGGAAGCCUGGCUUUGGAAAUUUUGCUUGUUUGGGUUUUCCCCCCUGAUCUAUGAUGGUUUCUCUCCCUUUAUAACCCCCAAAAAAUAGCAACAUGUCCUGGACAUGUUGUCACCCAGGAAAAGCCAUUCACCUGAGCACACCCUGAGUUUUCCUGUUUGUGUCCAGGGAAAUGCACUCACUCACUGGGCAUGAGGCUCCCACACUUCUGAAGGAAGGAAAUCUGCAGGAUUUUCAAAGGAAAAAAGCAGAACAGUAAAUUGGUGAGCACCAAGCAGCCUCACCUGUGCUGCACAGGUGAAGGGUCCCAGGGCUGCACAGAGUCUCCAGACCAGAAUUGCAGCUGGGGCUUCCUCUCUGCCCCACUCAGGCACUCCAUGCAGGGCCAAACCUGCAGGUGAGCUCACCCCAAGACUCCCCAGGAUUUGCUCCUUGGGAGUGAAAGGCCAUUUCUAUCAAUCAGUUUAAAAGCAUGAAGAGAAAUAAUGGUGCAAGAAGAGAAGGAACAAAGAUUCUCCAGCAGCAGCCACUGCCCAGGAGGGGCUGGCAGGGCUAGGCCUGGCUUAAAGCACUGGGCUUUUCCUACCCCUGUUUAACAAUCAGAGCUCACUCUGCAGAGCAGGUGAGCUGUUUCUGCAGAUUGAUUGAUUGGUUGAUUGAUUUCUCACCCAGAGUCAUCAGCAAUGUCCCUGUCCCAGCCCCAGGGGGGCUCUGCAGAGCAGCCCCCCCUGUGCAGGUGCUCGAGGCCAGGAGCUCUGGGGUCAUUCCUGUGGCUGCAACACCUCAGUAAAGCUGUGUGAGCCUGGGCCAUGGAAUCCCUUCCUUCCUUCCUUCCUUCCUUCCUGCAGCCCCCACUCCCUGCGCCAUUCCCAGGGAGAGGGGCUGCCCUCCAUCCCCCCAUCUGUGCUUUAGUUUCCUUUAAGAAGUUCCAAGGGAGAAGAGGUGUUUCAUACAGGCUGUUGACUCUCCCUGUACUACAAAUAUAUUACUACUUGUAUAUUCAGUUUAAUUACUCCUUGUUUCUAUUACUGAACGAAGACUUAACGAAGGGAAAAAAAAAACCAACAGCAAUAACAUUCAUAUCUAUGGAGCAGCUAACUCUAUACAUAAUAUUCUGCUUUUCAAACAGAACUAGCCAAUGUAAAAAAAACAUUAAAAGUAAAUUCAACAUGUAAAUACUUUUUUUCAUUUUACACUGUUGUAUUAUAAGUGUAUAUGGUGUUUACUUUUUCAAAACUCUUUCUUACCUGGUAGUUGUCUUGUUUUAUGAGUUGUGUUUUUAACUGAGAAGAACCUUUGCUGUCUGUUAGGAAAAAAACAAAACAAAAUCUUUUUGCAAGUUUUCAAUGUGGGUUAUAACCUUUUCUCCAUCAUUUGCAUUUUAUUUGUCCUUAUUUUCACUGUAAAGUAUUUUAUUACCAAAAGGUUGGUUUUUGUUCCAUUCUGCCCUCUCAGCAGUCCAUGUGUUUUAGAGAGAAGUUUUUUGUUGGCUUGGUUGUUGUUUUGUUUUUUUUGGUUUUGUUUUGUUUUUGGUUUUUUUUUUAAUUGAAAGAACUCACAGAAAUGACAUUUUUUCAAUUGAAGAAAAAUAAAUCUUUACAUUUAUAAUAGCCAAUAGCAUUUCAGCACAUUUUUGUUAUCCUGGUCUCUCCUAUGCUGCUGCUAAUGACAAUAUUAUGACUUACUCUACUAUUCUAGAACUAUUUUUAUGUAAGUAAUGUAUGCUUUCUUGUUUAUAAAUGCCUGAUUUAAAAAAAAAAUAAGAAAAAAGCUUGGCAUAUUUAUCUAUUUCGCUGUGUACCUUGAUAGUCCUUUUCCACCCCCUUUUCCACGUCCCCUGCCCCUGAUGCAGAUAAUAUUGUAAAAUAAAGGACUUUAUGAGAUUAUGUAUGAAAAUAGCUAUGCUUAUAUACCACAGUGACUGAAUGUACAGUGUAUAGACGCAUUACCGAAAAUAAAAUUGUUUGUCCAGAAAAAAA